AUUCCCACACCGUGAAUAUAAAGCCGAUGGCGGGAAGGUUGGCAAGCACAUCGGAUGUUUGGACGCCGAUAGACAUCAGCGCGUUCGUCCGCGAGGGCUCCAGCGAUGAAGAGCUCGAUCAAGUCGCGCGGGAAGUUUCGCAUGCGUUUGAAACGAAAGGGUUCCUUCUGAUAUCGGACCACGGCGUGGAUGCUGGCAUCGUGGCGGCUGUCGAGACGGCAGCGUUGGCAUUCUUUGCAUUGCCGGACGACGUGAAGAAAGAAUGCUUUCUCAACCGAGCACCAGUGCCGCGGGGGUACUCUGCAUGUGGGAAGGAGAACUUUGCCAUCUUGAGUUUGAAAAACCAACGGAAACCCAACGACUUGGUAGAGAAGUUCCGCAUGGGACCACUUCAAGUCGACGCGACCGACGACUACUUCACCGCGUCGAAAGACGCUCAAAUGAUGUUUUACCCCAACAAGUGGCCAUCUCCCGAUGACAUGCUCCUGCAAGACGCCAUGGAGCGAUACUACCUCGCCAUGGACACACUCAGCGCGGUGCUGCUUCGCAUCUUUGCACGUUGCCUCGACCUUCCCCAAAACUUUUUCGCCGCCAAAAUGACCCGCCACACAAGCAUCUUUAGCGUCAACUACUACCCCGCGAUGGAUCAAGUGCGUCAGCAGAUUCAGCCGGGCCAACUCCGCCUCGCCCAGCACACCGACGUCGACCUGUUUACAAUUGUUCGACCAGACAUGGCCGACGCGUUCGGGUGCCUCCAGAUCGAAGUCGCCAGCGACACCGGCUCGACAUGGCUUUCCGUUCCCGCAGUGCCCGACACGUUCAUUGUCAACCUCGGCGACUGCUUGAAAUACUGGACGAAUGACCGGUGGAUGUCGACCAGCCAUCGCGUCGUGAACCCGCCGGUGGAUUCUCCGACCACGAGCCGCAUCUCGAUGGCGUAUUUUGUCGGAGCCAACUACGACGCUACGCUCGACUGCUUGCCGACCUGUUGUGUGGACGGAUGCCGCCACCACGGUGACUCGCUCAAGACGUACGUCGAGUGGCGCAAGGGCCGCGUGCGCCAGGCGAUGGAGCAGCUCAAGUCGACACCCGUCUCCACCAAGAAACCCCACAUGGCACGAUAAUGUACAGCUCUUCCGUCGCCGUGGACGUACCGCUUGUGGCCCAUCCUUUGGACUCCUGGUUCGCCAUGAGCUGACUUGUUGGGAGUCUAUGCUGAGAGCGUUUUCGGCGGGGUGCAGCAAGCGCUGGAUCGCCAGGGUUGUUCCUGCAGAGCACAAAGUCACUCCAUAGCUGUUCCUCCUCCGCCAAAGACUUCAGUCACUUUAGCUCUAACGUGGCAGCAAAUGGAAAAUAUUCGUAGGAACAGCC